CUUAUCAGGGCGCACUUUGCUCGCGCGGCUCCGCCCGGGCGGCGAGAAAUAUGAGCGCGUCAGUCGAUUCGCCAUUUUCGAAUGCCACAACAGCAUACGGUCCUAUCGAACGAUUGAUUCACUAUCGAUGGUACACGCAGCUCCAGCGGGAGUCUAUUUUUAAGGUUCGGCAUUUGCAUCGGCAUGCAGCCACGCCGAUUUCGAGUGCCUGUCGCGUGGGGGCCGUUCAACGAGCCACCAGUUGCGCUCCGCCAAGUGGUCAAGUGAGCAGCGACUAUCCCAAGUGCCUCAAGAACCAUUCCGACCCUUGCAUCCACUCUAAUCUAAUGAGUACACGUGAACUGGCCGCAGUGGCAGCCGCAGAAUCGCUUUGCCGUGCCCCCACAUGAGCACUUGCUCGAUAAUGGCACACCAGACGCCCAUACGCACCACCCACCCCCCACCCCCCUACCCCCAUAUGGGGCAAGCUGGAUCGGAAUGAGUCAAAGAAGUGCAUCCGCACCGUGAGCGCGUUCGCUGGCAAAACACUUAACGGCAUCGACACGCAACCACCUACACAGAUACACACACACACACACACACACACAUACCGCUAACGACAUCAACGCGUGGCUGUGUCUGUGUGGGUUUUGUAAUACGUUCGAUGUAACUUUGUCACAUUAUCAUUUUGAUUGCAAUGUGCUAAGCACUCCCCACACAUGCUCCCCUCUCCAGCCGCCACUGCAUUGCCGUUACGUACAUUGUUGGCGGUGCGUCAACAGUGCGAAAAGAUUCCAUGGCAUACUUUUAGGCGGGCGAAUUUGCUGCAUUUUGCCGAACGGCUUAAAGCGCAUUACGCUGCUCGUAUUAUUCGAGUUCAUAAAUUUCGCCAGGACUUCGCUGGCCCAAUAAAAUAUAAUACACUGCCAGGACCAGACAACGACGACGACAACGACGACAGCGACGACAAAAUGACCAACUCUGAAAUGCCGGGCACCGAACGCUAAUAAAAACCAACUUUGACUCUGACUGCGGCGCUUCCUUUUUAGUGUCGCUCGAAAAUAAAACGGAGAAUAACGACGCAGUCGAGAGCGGACGGGGGAGGGCCAGCCUGCUGCCGCCACGCCCCCGCCCAGUUGCACACACACAAUGCAAUGUAGUUGAAAAUUAUGAAAAUUAUCUGCCACGCCAUUUUUAUGCCAGAAACUUUGCAUCUAAAUGUCCAUAAAAGCGGAAGCGUCGCGACGCCAAAUGGCAA